CGCAAGACACGUUUCACAUCGCUCUCGCAGAUUUGACUUCUUUCAACCGAAUACCGAUCGAUUUUCGUCAUCAUAGCGAGUAUAUUGUUCUUCCCUGUGAGUAUAGAUAUUAAAUAAGACAUUUCUGGGAGUUCCGAGGAGGUGUGAGGGCUUUAGCCCGCGGUUCUCCCAACUUUCAGUAUUCUACGUUGAGAGGUGGUCGCCAUUUUGGACGGGCCAUCAUGUAUAGAUCGGGGCGACCCCAGCUACGACGCCCUAACACGGUGCGUUUUAAUACAAGAGGAAUAGAAGACAUCGUCACGCCUGAAGAAGUCUACGAAGCUGUAAAGAAGGAAUUGAAAAGCAAAGACACAAUGAAGUGCAUAGCAGAACUCAAUAACAAAUGGUACAAUGUUACGUUGGACAACGAAGCUGAUUGUGAAAGACUAGCGAACUAUGGACUGGUAUUGAAUGGGUUGCUGGUGCAAUGCGAGAGGGCAAGCAUAGCUAAUUCAGUAGUUGCGUACGUAAAAGCACCCUACGAACUCAGCGACCAGGCGGUCAUUUCGGCUCUGUCUGCUUAUGGGUCAGUGGUGAACAUAAAAAGACAAUAUCAUGACUUCGACAGUAAUGUAGAAACAGGAGUGCGGAGCUGUUUGAUCAAGAAUCUAAUGAAACCAAUCCCCAGCUACAUCAGACUUGGAAGUUUCACCCUGCCAAUACGACAUAAGGGACAGCUCAAAACAUGUAAGAUCUGCGAGGCAACGGACCACUUCGCCCGAGACUGUCCGGCCCGGGGGAGGUGCUACGUCUGCGGCGCAUACGGGCAUAGAGCUUCGGCACAUCAUGAUGAAAACAGUCGCAAAGAUAGAUUGGAAGUAGAAUCAGAUGAAGAAUCGCGAGUAAAUACUCCCGUCCUAGCAAUCCCUGGCGGAAGUCAAGACGACCGAGAAUCGACGACACACUACGACACUGAAGACUCCAUCUUCGAUGAAACCCAAAUCGAACCGCUAACUCUAACCAAGAAAUACAACCUGCCAACCUACCGCUUCAAGGAUGGGAAAAAAUAUUGCAAAAAGAGGAAAAACCAAGACACGGAAGAGGAAAAUGUGGGGGAAAGCUACAGGAAAAUAACCAGAGAAGAAGAGGAAGAGAUGGAGCAAUCCAAUCAACAAGAACCACAGACCCAUGAGCAGACUAGCCGACAAGACACCCAGCAGACAGCACCGCAGAUCGCACAGCAGACCGAACAGCAGACCGAACAGCAGACCGAACAGCAGACCCCACCCAAGACCACAUCGCAGACCACACUGCAGACCACACCGCAGAGUACACCGGAGAUAGCAUCACAGAUCGCACCACAGUCAGCACUGCAGACCACAUCGCAGAUCAUACAACAGACUGCACCGCAGACAGCAUCACAGAUCGCACCGCAGACCAUACAGCAGACUGCAAAGCAGACAGCAUCGCAGAUCGCAUCGCAGAUCCCAAUGCAGACAACUUUGAAGACCACACCGCAGACCACACCGCAGACCAUAUCGCAGACCACAACGCAGACCACACAGCAGACCGUACCGCAAACCGUACCGCAGACCACACCUCAGACCACAUCGCAGACUGCACAGCAGACCGAACAGCAGACUGCACCGCAGAUUGCACCGCAGAUUGCACCGCAGAUUGCAUCGCAGAUCGCAACGCAGAUCGCAUCACAGAUCGCAACGCAGAUCACACAGCAGACAGUUCUGCAUACUAUACCGGAGACCCCACUGAUGACUACAACGCAGGCUGAACCACAAACUGUAUCUCAAAACGCACCUCGGUUAGCACCGCAGACCAGCCAACAAACCAUAAAGCAGAUACAGAGUGGGCGGAACGCAUCACAAGACAUUAUUCCGUCAUCACAACCUACAGACAACGAAGAUGAAGAUUUCGUUAGGUAUAUGAGAGGGGGCGUGGAGAGACUCCGCAAGAAAAGAACAAGCUGGGAAAGGAAGGAAAAGGACCAGAAGGCAUCGCCUAGUCGAGGGCCGAGAGGACGAGGGAAGGGUAAAGCAACACAAUCUUGAAUUCUUGAGGGUUUCAUUUGUUUUUGCUUGUACUGUAAAUCAUACUCCGUUUUCUCCUGCUUUGUUUGAUGCUCAGAAUAGCCACAUUUAACGUCAACGGGCUACGCAAGGGGGAGAAAAGGGAAAAUUUAUUCAAUCAACUUAAAAAGGGUAAUUACGAUCUUGUGUGUCUUCAAGAAACUCACACGGUCAGUUCAGAUGAGGUCUUGUGGAAAAAUCAGUGGGGUGGGGACAUUUUGUUUAGCCACGGCCAAAGUGACUCAAGAGGAGUGGCUAUUUUGGCGUCAAACAGAAGUGGGAUCCAAUUCACAAAUCCUGAUAGAGAUAAUGAAGGUCGAAUCAUCCGCUGUGAUUUUUCUUUUAGAAAUUUAGAGUUUCACUUACUUUGUGUUUACACUCCAAAUCCUAUGUAUGACAGACAAAGGUUUUUUAGUGCUCUUUCCGAGUAUGUGAAACAAGACGACGGAAACUGGAUCGUUACAGGUGAUUUCAAUUGUCAAAUUGAUACGAGAGCUAGCAAUGAUAAAAGUGUUACAAAUCUGAAAAAAAUUAUUUUAGAAAAUGACAUGAUCGAUGUUUGGAAGAAGCUUUAUCCAAAAGAACAGGGUUUCACUUGUUUUCAUAGAGUUCUAAAAAGAAGUAGCAGAAUUGAUUAUAUAUUUGUCUCUAGUCAGUUAUAUACCCUUUUGACAAAAACAAACAUUAUUUCGACUGGGUUGUCAGAUCACCUACUUGUUACUUGCACUUUGAAUAAUCGCACUAUUAUUAAGGGUCCUGGCAGAUGGAUCUGUGACAAUAACAUUUUUAAAGAUGAUUCUUGUGUUGAUCGAGUUCGGACUUUUUGGAAUCAUUGGCAAACGCAGAAGGGAUCUUUUGAUAAUCUGUUGAAUUGGUGGGAUUAUGGGAAAUGUAAAAUUAAAGAAAUCCUGAAAGCUUAUGGUCUAGAGAAAUUCUACAAGGAAAAAAAUUAUCAAACUAAUCUCCAAAAUGAUCUUACUAAGGAAAUGAACCAAAAUAACCCAAACACCAAAGUUAUAAACGACAUCAAUCAAAAAAUCAAACACUUCGAGCAAAAAAAACUCGAAAAGACGAGAAUUAGGUCCCAUAUCAACAAAAUCAAUGGAGAGAAAAGUUCGCAUUUUUUCAAGUGUUUUGAAAAACAAAGAUCGGAAGACAACUCUUUUGAUAUGUUAGUAGAAGAUGACGUAACUUAUGAUGAUUCCUAUCAGAUGUGUAAUCAUGUGAACUCUUUUUAUAAAAAGUUAUACACUAGUGAAGAAGUUGACAGCGACUCACUUAACGCUAUAUUGAAUGAAAUUGAUGGUUUUGUCUUGGAUGAAGAAAUAAUAGAUUCCUUAAAUAGCGAUUUUGACGAUGUUGAAAUUCUAUGCGCUGUUAAACAAAUGAGCAAAGAUAAAUCACCGGGUUUAGAUGGAUUAACAGCUGAAUUUUAUAAGUUAUUUUGGGACAUUCUUCAAAACGAUUUCAAAGAUGUUAUUAACGAAUGUAAAUCUAAAGGCUGUCUACCCUACUCAAUGAAUAAUGCCCUGAUUCGUUUGAUUUUUAAAAACAAGGGGGAAAGAUGUAAUUUAAAAAACUGGAGACCUAUUAGUUUGCUUAAUGUAGAUUACAAAAUUAUUUCCAAAGUUAUCACUAACCGAUUAAAACGAAUCAUGCCUUUCAUUAUAAGGGAAGAUCAAUCAUGUGGUGUAGCUGGAAGAAAUAUACAAGACAAUCUGAUGGUUAUUAGAGAUGCAAUCUAUUAUGCUAAUAAUGAACAUCUGGAGAGGGCACUCCUCAGUAUAGAUCAGGAGAAGGCAUUUGAUAGAAUAGAAUGGUUUUACAUGUUUAGAGUCAUGGGAAAAAUGGGUAUCCCACAGCAUUUAGUUAAUUGGAUUCAAAUUCUUUACAGUAACCCUUCCAGUUCAGUAAUUGUAAAUAAUUUUAUUACGGAGCCCUUUAAAGUGUCUAGGGGUAUUCGGCAGGGGUGCCCUCUGUCUCCCCUGCUGUACACAAUUUGUGCCGAAGGUUUGGCCUGUCUUAUUAGAAAUAAUCGUCUGAUCAGAGGCUUUCCUCUACCUAACUGUCCGAAUGAAACUUUGAAAAUUGUCCAACAUGCGGAUGACACUACCAUUUUUGUUUCUGAUAAUCGCGAUUUUGAUACUCUGGAUAAUAUUUUUACGACUUACAGUAGCGGUUCGGGAUCGAAAAUCAAUUUUCAAAAGUCCAAUGGCCUUUGGAUGGGUAAGUGGAAAAAUCGUCAGGAUAAACCGGGUGGUUUUAAUUGGGUCAAUGAUCACUUAAAAAUUUUAGGCAUAUAUUUCGGUAACGACGACAACACCGACAGGAAUUGGGGAAGUCGAGUUGGUAAAAUGACCGCUGUUCUAAAAAAAUGGAAAAAUAGGAAUUUAACACUGAAAGGCAAAACAAUUGUGGUUAAUAGUUACAUUGGCGCAAGCCUGUCCUACUACGGCAGUGUUCUCCAUUGCCCUGAUGAUUACAUAAAUCAAAUGGAAAGAAUUAAAUGGGCCUUUAUCUGGGACGGUAAAAUUGACAAAAUCAGCAG